CGAGCGGUCCUGAUGAGCUUAGGCUCAACAACAUUUUCCAGAAUUGGGAAUAAGUGGAAAAUUGCGUUGAUCGGUCGGAUGACCUCCUAUCGCGAGGCAGUCAUCCCUGUGGAGAAUAUGCGGAAACUAGUCAAGAUCCGUUUGAACAGCAAGAUGCCAUCUCGUUCCUUGCCGGUCGUAUUCUACACGCUCAGCAUUCAGGGCAGUUCGGGUCCAUACAUUGCGUUCUUAUUCCUCUGA